UUAUCAAGGUUGUCGUACUAUAAACAAUGCGAAGUUCUAACUGAGAUUACAAUGUACCGGUGUCUUUCCGGUAGAGCAUCGUCACUCAUUCUGUUUGUCCUGAACGGACUUUCCAUACUGUUUGGGAUUGCUUUAAUAUCCCUUGGGAUUGUAUGUAUCGUUGACCAUGGAAAUAUGUCUGAAGUUGUUGGAACCUCACUCUAUUCGUCUGGAGUGUACAUAGUCAUCUUCUUAGGACUUGUUAUUACAAUCGUAGCUCUAUGUGGUUACAUCGCAGCUGAUAGAGAAAAUAUCUGCCUGAUUGUGUCAUAUAUAUUCAUUUUAUGCUUACUCGCAUUACUCUUGUUGAUAUCAGGAAUAAUAGUUUUGUCCUUUAGAAGUUCACUUGGUGAAUCGGCUAGAAGUGUGAUGGUAGAUUCGUUAAGGAAUCACUAUGGACGAUAUGGGAUUAUAACUGAUGCAUGGGACUUGGUACAGAGGCACCUACGUUGCUGUGGAGUGGAUAACAUUGGAUGGGGUGUGUAUAACGGAUCGUGGUGGGACAUGAUUGUAAACUCGGAUUUAUACGAAACGAACACUAAAUUGUCAGAAUCAAGUUUGUUUUACUUGUUUGUUCCAGAAUCUUGUUGUGUCAAGAAACUUGAUGGGUUGACUGGUUGGCCAACUGAAGUAUACAGGGAUAGGAGACGCUGCCAGACGUGGCAGUACGGACCACCAAAUAAAAGCAGUGGACCUCACAACGACGCUAUUUACUAUGCAGGAUGCUUUGAAAGUUUGAAAAGUUAUAUCAAUAAUUAUGCUAAGGCUGUUGGCCUCUUGGCACUGAUCGCGUGCAUUAUCUUGAAAAUAAACUCUUCGGUUAUCGUUGAAGUCUUUUGCAUUCGACAAAUGGCGGAUUUCACCUGUUAGCUCACUGGUCGGACAUAGUCUUUGUGUUCACAAUACCACAACUUACUAAUAUUUUCUAAAUGUACUGUCUCAUUUCUUUGAAAUCACCAAACAUAAACCUUGGUACAUUUCACCGGGAAUGUCGAAAGCAAUCAAAGUCUACCCCAAUUCUUGUACUUUUAUCAAGUAAUUCUAAACACAUAAGUUUGAUUCUAAUAGGAAAAUUGCUGUUGUAACCGAA